AUGUGGUCUGUGAUCGGCCGAACAUGUUCGUCGUCAUGUCGGCCGGCUGUGCUGAUUCUUGGCCAGACACACGCUCAGUCUACAGCCCCUGUUCCCACUCCAGCUUCCCAGCAUGAGCUUCCAGAAACGCGAAUGAGUUCACAAACGGCACAGUUUCGGAAAGGAACUGGCGGACGACAAGAUCCGUACUAUAUGAGAGCACAUAAAAUACCUGGAGAGUAUGGCCAGAUUUUAUUCUUUCCUUUCGAAUUGAAAGAUGAAGAGAGUAUUAGGAAGGUCGUGAAGUAUUCCAAUAUCGUUAUUAAUCUUAUUGGAACAAGGGUCCCAACCAAGAACUAUGACUACUACGAGGUUCACCAGCACGGUGCUCGUCGAAUUGCAAGAAUCUGUCGCGAAAUGGGAGUCGAACGUUUCGUUCAUGUAUCAGCUUUAGGCGCGACUGUUAACCCUGGCAAAGGACACUAUGUUAAGGAGUCAAACUUCCUUCGCAGUAAGGGUCUGGGUGAAAUAGCCGUGUGCGACGAAUUCCCCACUGCAACGAUCGUUCGUCCCUCUCUUAUAUAUGGAGAAAUGGACGGAUUCAUACGAUGCUAUGUGAGCAGAUACAGGAAAACACCAUUUGAUUUGGUGUAUUUAUACAAGAAGGGCGAACACACUUACAAGAUGCCUAUUUGGGUAGGGGACGUUGCUGCAGGGCUCGAACGUAUAGUGCGCGAUCCAACUUCGGCCGGCCACAUUUACGAAUUCGUCGGCCCUCACUGUUAUCAGUUGAGCGAAUUGAUUGACUAUUUAUACAGAAAGGCUCACUGUAUAGAGAACUUUGGAUUCAGGUAUCGACGGCAUUCAUUUCCUGAUCCUUAUUUCAUCGCUUUGACAUGGUUAACAGAGCAAUUUGGCCAUUUCUUCAAGUGUAAAGUUCCUCUAAAUCGUGAAUGGAUGGAGUAUGUGGAAGUGAAAGACGAUGUGCUGACAGGACAGCGUACGCUUUUCGACCUUGGUAUACGGCGUUUAACGGAGUUCGAGUUUGCUGCAGGGCAACUGGCUUUCCGUCGGUCGUUCCGCAAAUUCUACGAAGAACAGUAUGGUGACUAUCCUCCACCUCGCCUUCCUCUGAGAUCACCACCAAUCGUGAGGAAGCCAGGUAUGGAGGAAAAGGAGGCGUUUGGCAAAGGACUAGCAUUCAACUAG